CUGUGCGACUGUCUGCUCCAGGCCAGACGCUGGCGCCAUGGAGGAGUACGCUCGCGAACCUUGGACAGGGUCUCCAUUCAUAGCCCAGGUUGGACUCCAACUUGUGAUCCUCCUGCCUCAUCUUCCCAAGCAUUGUGCUUACAGCCCAUGGCGAAUUGUGGAUGAUUGCGGUGGAGCCUUCACUAUGGGUGUCAUUGGUGGUGGAGUCUUCCAGGCUAUCAAGGGCUUUCGUAAUGCCCCCGUUGGAAUACGACACCGCUUCAGAGGCAGUAUCAAUGCCGUGAGGAUUAGAGCACCCCAGAUUGGAGGUAGCUUUGCAGUGUGGGGAGGCCUGUUUUCUACCAUUGACUGUGGCCUUGUAAGACUUCGAGGCAAGGAAGACCCCUGGAACUCCAUCACCAGUGGAGCGUUGACUGGAGCAGUGCUGGCUGCACGCAGUGGUCCGCUGGCCAUGGUGGGCUCUGCAAUGAUGGGGGGCAUCCUGUUGGCCCUCAUCGAGGGUGUUGGCAUCCUUCUCACUCGCUAUACUGCCCAGCAGUUCCGCAAUGCACCCCCAUUCUUGGAGGACCCCAACCAGCUAACCCCUAAAGAGGGAGCUCCAGCCCCAGGUUAUCCCAACUACCAGCAGUACCAUUGAGGAAGCCGCUGCCUGCCCCUGCCACCGUGGAGCUACUCCUCAGUUUCCUCCCGGAUGAUCUACCUCCAAGGGAGGACUGGCUCCUACAUAACCCUGAAACUCUCCAGAGAGGGCCUCUAUUCUACUCCCUUGUUCUGUGGUAGGGGUGGGGGCACCCCAGCAGCCUUGUCACUUGGUCCCCUUUUUUGUCUCUCAGGGCACCCCAGCCUCACACAUGUAACAGUAUCUCAUUCCAGAUCCUCCAUGUGGCACCCUGAUGAACGUUUAAAGCCAGUUUUGAAAUUUC